CUCACCACAUUAAUGCCAACGCCUAAAGUAUUAGCAGAAAUAGAAUCUGGAUUCUCUGAUACUUUAAUAAAACUUUUAGUUCAAUUCAAUAAUGAUGGUUCUCUUAAUCAAAACAACAAACAUGUAGAAAGAAGCCCACUUAAGGGCACAUCAAUUAAUAUAUUAAAAAAUCAAUUAUCUAUUAAAUCUGUACGGGAAGCUAUUCCUGCCAGCGGUGCAAUCGAGCAUGCAACAUGUGGCUCAUCCGAAUUAAAUGCUUUAUCAUUUUCGGCACCAUUACGGUCACCACCCGAAAACCAUUUACCCAGUGAUCGUGUUAGCAUCACAUCAAGAUCCUCUUCCCAGGAUAAAAGUUCUAGCACAAGUACACCUAGGUUUAUUGCAAAUUUGGAAGAUAAAAAACAAUUGAAAUUGAAUAGUGGGAUAUUACCAACAAAAGAAGUUACAACUGCAAUAACAGUGAACAAGACUUUUUCAUUGUUUGCAGGCGAAGGAGCUAGUAGAAAACUACAUGAUAUUAAUCAUCAAGUUGUUAGUGGAGUUUCCGUAAAAAAUGUUGCCACACCUGUGAAGAGUAAUAGUUUACCAA